AUGUCUGCAGCUCCAGCAUCGGGCGCCGUGCCAACUGCCAAAGCUACCUCUGCGUCAGACAGGAGUGCUGACCCAUCCAAAGAUGUGAAGCCGGCCGCUGCAUUGGAGGAGGAUGACGAGUUUGAGGAUUUCCCCGUGGAGAACUGGACACAGGAAGACACCGAGGUACCGGGGGACAACACCCAUCUGUGGGAGGAGAGCUGGGAUGAUGAUGAU